ACAACAACAACAACAACAACAACAACAACAACAACAACAACAACAACAACUACAACAACAACUACAACUACAACUACAACAACUACCACAACAACAACUACAACUACAACAACCAUAACAACUGGAACAACUACAACAACUACCACAACUGGCCGUAAAGCACUGUCAUGUACAAUGUAUAGUUUCGCCGAUAGUUCAAUAUUGAAUAACUGA